CACACAUGAUAAUCAAUAGAAAAUAUUCAUUCUUCAUGAUAUCAGAGCAUUAAAACAUCUCGGCUCCCUCUCAAACCCUAGCCCUCUCUCGGCCUUCUCUCUCUUUCGGCGAUCUCCCUCUCUCUGCCGUCCCUCCUCUCCUUCUUCGGCAGUCCCCCCUCGCCGGCAACCAUGGCCGAAAAAUCCUCCGUCACCUCCGACGAUAACAACACCAUCAAAUCUCCCCAUCUUGCCUUCACAACAAUAUCAAACAUCAAGCUCCAUAUUCCCGUCCAGCUUAGCAUCUCGGAACCAAACUACAAAAAAUGGAGCCGACUCUUUCGCCUCCUCGUUCUCCGCUUCAAUCUCUUGGGAUACCUUGACGGGACCACCAUCGCCAAAUCGGCUGAUGAUGCAGAAUGGUAUCAAUUCGACGCUCUACUUCAAGGAUGGAUCUUGUCUACCGUCUCCGACGAGGUCUCCGAUCUCAUUCUUGCAAACAGCCCCACCGCCGCUGCUCUAUGGAAAGCCAUCUACAAAUUGUUCCAUGAUAAUAAGCACGCCCGGGCGAUGCAACUGGAGCACCGUUUCCGCACCACCGUCAAAGGGACGAAGACAAUAAAUGAAUAUUGCCAUGCUCUCAAAAACCUAGCCGACUACCUUGAUGACGUCGACGCUCCGGUGACCGAGCACGCUCUUGUACUACAAGUUCUUCAAGGAUUGCCGCACGACAUUCGGGGACAGGUCCACUUUUUUGCAGUACCAAAAUCCGUUCCCGACGUUCUUGGAAGUCCGCUCGGCCCUCCUCCUGGUCGAACCGCCCUCCUCAGCGCCGGCCCGUCAACCGCCCUCCUCAGCUUCAACGGCGGCGGCAGUUCCUCGACGGGCGGCAGUCAGUCACGGCAGGGCAGCAACUCUGGACGAGGCAGUUUUGGCGGCACAAAUCGGGGAAACUCUGGCGGCUAUCGAGGGCGUGGCCGUGGACGUGGAC